AUGGAUGAACGGGUUGUUCUCAAUGUCGGUGGCGUACGACAUGAGACUUAUCAAGCAACAUUGAAAAAAAUACCGGCAACCCGAUUAAGCAGAUUAACGCCGUCAUUGGCAAACUUUGAUCCGCUCUUGAAUGAAUAUUUCUUCGAUCGACAUCCAGCAGUUUUUGCGCAGGUUUUGAACUACUACCGAACAGGUAAACUUCAUUAUCCCACUGAUGUGUGUGGCCCGUUAUUCGAAGAAGAACUGCAAUACUGGGGUCUCGAUGCAUCUGAUACAGAGCCUUGUUGCUGGAUGCAAUUACUCCAUGCUAAGGAUACUCAAGAAACACUAGCUGUUCUUGACCGGAUGGAUGUUGAUAGAGAAGAAGACCCUCAACUUCGGGAACAGGAUACAAUGAAAAAAUUCGGCUGGGAGGAGGAUUUCUUUCAAGGAAAACGCACAAGAUGGAUGUAUUUCAAACCUAGGAUAUGGUCGCUUUUUGAUGAACCAUAUAGUUCAAAAUACGCAAAAUUGAUUGCCGGUAUAUCAGUAUUUUUCAUUUUCAUUUCCAUUCUAUCGUUCUGCCUAAAAACGCAUCAAUCCUUUCGUAUUCCUGUGAUAGUGGCAGAGAACAUUACUUACAAGGGCAACACACAGACAAACGUUGAUAGAUUGUCGACUGAGCCUUUAAUGAUAUUUAGCCAGAUUGAAAUGUUUUGCAAUAUUUGGUUUACUUUCGAAUUGAUUGUUCGCUUCUUUUUCUGCCCUUCAAAAUUGCGAUUUUUUAAAAGCCCAAUUAAUAUAAUCGAUUUGGUGGCUACUCUUUCCUUUUACGCUGAUGCCACUUUUGUACGUUUUGUCGAAGACGAACCUAAAGAUGUUGUGGAAUUUUUGUCCAUGAUCAGAAUUUUCCGCUUAUUCAAACUAACCCAACAUCACCAAGGAUUGCAAAUUCUUAUCCAUACUUUUCGUGCUAGCGCUAAAGAACUUAUACUCUUGGUUUUCUUUUUGAUUCUUGGAAUCGUUAUAUUUGCUGCUUUGGUUUACUACGCUGAAAAAAUGGAAGUCAACCCGAACAAUCAAUUUCAGUCAAUUCCGUUAGGUCUUUGGUGGGCAAUAUGUACUAUGACUACGGUUGGAUAUGGCGACAUGACACCUCAUACAUCAUUUGGUAGACUUGUUGGAUCACUGUGUGCUGUGAUGGGCGUCUUGACCAUUGCACUCCCAGUUCCAGUUAUUGUGUCCAAUUUUGCAAUGUUCUAUUCGCAUAAUCAAGCUCGUGACAAACUUCCAAAACGGAGGCGUCGCGUACUACCUGUCGAACAAAUCAGAUUACAAGCUCGUCGGCAUGCUGCCGUUCUCGAACCAACUGGGGGAGGUUGCGAAACUGCUGGUGUCCGUCGUCACAAUAUUUUGAUAAAUACUCAACAUUGCGACACUGAUUCCAAGAAAGAAACCCGAGAAAAAUCUGAAGAGUCAGAAGGAACAAGCUCAAGCACUGCUGGAGUUGACACUGUGGUUAACAUUGGACCAAAUGAACAAGGUGCAAUAACUACUACAAUAAAUUAA